AUGGCGGGACAUAGCUUACAGCAGCAGCAACAGCAGCAACAGCAGCAGCAGCAGCAACAGCAACAGACCCUGUUGCCUCGCGUGCAACGUCAGCUAUGCCCACAGCAGCAGCAGCAGCAGCAGCAACUGCUGCGGGCUCCACAGCAGAGUCUGCUGCACUCCGCUCAGGGUUUGCAGCAACAGCAGCAGCAGCGUCAAGCAGUGCAGCAGCUGCCGCAGCGGCAUCUCGCGCUGCAGCAGCACACCCAAAACAAUCAAACCCCACUGCAGCAGCAACAGCUGCAGCAACAGCAACUGCAGCAGCAGCUGCUGCAGCAACAGCAACUGCAGCAGCAGAGGCAUUACCAGAACCAGCAGCAAGCCGAACCGCAGGAGCACUCCCCGCUGCGCUGCUCACCAAGGACUGAUCCACAGCGACAGCAACAGCAGCAGCAGCAGCAGCCGCAACAGCUACAGCAGCAGCAGCAGCAGAGACCGCCGCAGCAGCAGCAGCAGAGACCGCCGCCGCAGCAGCAGCAGAGACCGCCGCAGCAGCAACAGCAGCCGCACCAGCUACAGCAGCAGCAGCAAGUACAGCAGCCCCAGGAACUACAACGAUAUGGGGGCCCGAGGGCGCAGCAGCAGCAGCAUCUGCUGCAGCAGAAGCCGCAGCAGCUGCUGCUGCACGAGCAGCACCAGUACCAACAGCAGCACCAGCAGCACCAGCAGCAAACCUCUCCGUUAAUACUGGCUGGCGAGAGACAGAUGCAGCAGCAAUCACUGCAGCAGCAAUCAGUGCAGCAGCAACCACUGCAGCAGCAAUCGCUGCAGCAGCAACCACUGCAGCAGCAAUCACUGCAGCAGCAACCACUGCAGCAGCAAUCACUGCAGCAGCAACCACUGCAGCAGCAACCACUGCAGCAACAACCACUGCAGCAGCAACCACUGCAGCAACAACCACUGCAGCAGCAAGCGCUGCAGCACCAACCACUGCAGCAGCAACCACUGCAGCAGCAAGCGCUGCAGCACCAACCACUGCAGCAGCAACCACUGCAGCAGCAAGCGCUGCAGCACAAACCACUGCAGCUGCAAGCGCUGCAGCAAUCGAAGCAGCAAUUGCUGCAGCAACCGCAGCAGCAAUCCAAGCAGCAGCAGCAACCACCACAGCAGCAGCCGCCACCGCAGCAGCCACUGAAGCCGCAGACACUGCAGCAGCAACCGUUACAGCAGCAACCAGUCCAACAGCAAACACUACAGCAGCAGCAAUCACUGCAGAAGCAGCAAACACUGCAGCCACAGCCAAUGCAGCAGCAACAGCAGCAGCAGCAAUUGCUGCAGCAGCAAAGGCAACAGCAGCAAUUGCUGCAGCAACAACCACUGGAGCAGCAAUCACUACAGCAGCAUGGUCAUCUGCAGCAGCAGGCCGUGCAGCAGCAAAGACUGAAGCACGAACAGCAGCAACAGCAACGGCAGUAUCAUCAUCAGCAGCAGCAGCAGCAGAGGCAACCCUGGUUGAGCGCUGCCCAACCUGGUGUGGCUCAGCGGCAGCAGCAGCAGCAGCAACAGCAGCAGGCCCUAUACUACCAGCACCAACAGCUUCAACAAGAGCAGCAGCAGCAGCAACCACUGCGGCAGGAACUGCAGCAGGAACAGCAGCAGCAGCAGCAGCACUUGCAACUGCAGCAGCACCACUUGCAGCUGCAGCAGCAGCCCCAACGGGAAACGCAGCAGUAUCCGCACUUGCUGCUGCAGAAGCAGCAGCAGCAUCAGCCACACUUGCAGCAGCAGCCCUUGCAGCAGCCCUUGCAGCAGCAGCAGCAGCAGCAGCAACAAGAUCAGCGAGCUGAAGUAGAAGAUGAAGGUUUGCUGCUGGGGGCCUUUGUUCCUGUUGCUGCUCUUAUAGACGCAUAUAAAGACAUUCGCGGUAUAUCUAGUUUGCUGCAGUGGCAGAGAGACUGUCUCCUAGUCUCUCAGCCAGCAGCAGCAGCAGCAGCAACAACAGCAACGGCAGCAGCAGCAGCAGCACCUGCUGCUGGUUUGGGUUCCGCUGCUCCUUCCGCUAAAACGGAGCAAGCUGCUGCUGGGACACCUGCAGCAGCUGCAGCUGGUGCUGCAGCUCGCCAAGCGCAAACUUCGGCGGCAGCAGCAGCAGCAGACGGAGCAGCAGCAGCACGCACAGCAGCAGCAGCAGGUGCCCCUAGACAAAGAGAAGCAGAAUCUGCUGCUGUAUCAGCAGGAGCUGCUGCUGUUGCGGCUGGAAUUUCCUUGCGUUGGCCCCGACCCGCAGCAGCAACAGCAGCAACAGCAGCAGCAGCAGCAACAGCAGCAGCAGCUGCUGCUGCGCCUUCACGAGUUCUGAAUGGAUCGUUGAGUAUUUUAUACUCAGCCCCAACGGGAGCAGGCAAAGGCCUUGUUGCAGAGUUGCUGCUGCUGCGGCACAUCUUCAGUUUGCUGCAGCUGCCACCGCUAGAUACGCAGCAUGAACAGCAGCAGGUGCAGCAGCAGCAGCAGCUGCAGCUGC